CCCCUCUAUAUUUAUUUCAGAGUCCCCUUCCCCUCCCCUAUUUCUGAAGAAGGGUCCAGACCCAAAACGUCAGCUUUCCUGCUCCUUUGAUGCUGCCUGGCCUGCUGAGUUCAUCCAGCUCUACACCUUGUUAUCACAGACACAGGAAGAGCAUGUUCACUCCACACAGGCACUCACCCAAGGCUGGCAUCAAACCUGGUUCCUGGCAUUGUGAGGCAGCAGUGCUCACCAUUGAGUCACCGUGCCACAUUUUACAGGAUGUAUAAUAGGCAAUAUUACAGAGAUAUACAAUUGAGGUCUUUAAUGAAGGAGCUGAAAAUAGUACAUGGGAAAUGGAGCCAGAUUGUGUUUGUACAUUAUGCUGCUCUGAUUAUUUUAUUCAUGAGGCUAGUAGACCUUUAAGGUCCAUCUGCGCAGUUUGUAUUUGACUUGGAACUGGAGCAUGUUGUUAGUAAUAUUCCCUGCAAUAGUCAGAGCUGUUGGUUCCUCAACUGAAGGAGUAUUUUAUCUGUAGGAUGGACACAAUUAUUAAUACUGUUUGUUUGAAAGAGCCAGGUUGAAGAGAAUAAAUAUUAAAUAAAAUUCUGUAUUAUAGACAUACUGUAGAAGAUUAAAUAAGAUUCACAUGUCUACCUUGAAUUGUGGAAGCAACUUAAUUGAACAAGACUGAGUAAGGACAGUCAACAUGGCUUUGAGCGUGGGGAAUCAUGUCUAACCAACUUGAUUGACGUUUUGAAGACAUAAUGAAGAAGAUUGAUGAGGGCAAAGCAGUGGAUGUGAUCUAUAUGGACUUCAGUAAGGUGUUCAACAAGGUUCCACAUGGUAGACUGGUUAGCAAGGUUAGAUCACGUAGAAUACAGGGAGAACUAGCCAGUUGGAUACAGAACUGGCUGGAAGAUAAAAGACAGAGGGUGAUGGUGGAGGGUUACUUUUCAAACUGGAGGCCUGUGACGAGCGGUGUGCCACAAGGAUUGGUGCUGGGUCCACUGCUCUUUGUCAUUAAAUGAAUGACUUGGAUGUGAACAUAGGAGGUAUGGUUAGUAAGUUUGUAGAUUACACCAUAAUAGGAAGCGUAGUGAACAGUGAAGAAGGAUAUCUCAGAGUAAAACGGGACCUUGAUCAGUUGGGCCAAUGGGCCGAAGAGUGACUGAUGGAGUUUAAUUUAGAUAAAUGUGAGGUGCUGCAUUUUGGAAAAGCAUCAGGGCAACACCUAUACGCUUAAUGGUAAGGUCCUGGGGAGUGUUGCUGAACAAAGAAACCUCGGAGUGCAGGCUCAUAGUUCCUUGAAAGUGGAGUCGCACAUAGACAGGGUAGUGAAGAAGGCAUUUGGUAUGCUUGCCUUUAUUGGUCAGUGCGCUGAGUAUAGGAGUUGGGAGAUCAUGUUGCAGCUGUACAGGACAUCUGUUAGGCUACAUUUGGAAUACUGCAUUCAGUUCUGGUCUCCCUACUAUUGAAAAGGAUGUUACCAGCAUUGGCGGGUUUGAACGAUAAGGAAAGGCUGAUUAGGCUGGGCCAUUUUCCCUGGGCGUUAGAGUAACUUUAUAUAGAAGUUUAUAAAAUCAUGAGGGGCAUGGAUAGGGUGAAUAGCCAAGGUCUUUUCUCAAGGGUGGGGAAGUCCAAAACUAGAGGGCAUAGAUUUAAGGUGAGAAGGGAAAGAUUUAAAAGGACCUAAGGGGCAACAUUUUCACAUAGAAGGUGUUACCUGUAUGGAAUGAGCUGCCAGAGAAAAUGGUGGAGGUUGGUACAAUUACGACAUUUAAAGGCAUCUGGAUGGGUAUAUGAAUAGGAAGGAUUUAGAGGGAUAUGGGCCAAAUGCUGGCAAAUGAGACUAGAUUAAUUUAAGAUGAGUUGGACCAAAGGGUUUGUUUCUGUGCUGUACAAGUCUAUGACUCUAAAUGCCCAGUGAUUUCCAUAUUGUAAAAGUGAAAAAUGUUCGAGUCUGUUGAGACAUUGCGUUGGAGGACAAAGACAUGUCAUUUGAAGUUGAUAGAGGCAGCUGUUGUCAGCCUGGCGAGUCUCUCCAGCAUUCUCCAUUUGUUAGGGAAAUACAUUGUCUAGCUUCCAUCUUUCCUGAAGAAGGUAAAGUCUAGAAAGCAGAGCGCCGGGGAAGACAAUUUGAAAUGAAUCAUCGCCUUGUGCCUUCCUCCUCGGUUCCGCGUUCUAUACUCAUGGCCGAGAAGUCAAAGUUCUAUUGUUUGUAGUAACCGAGCGAGUUGCUAUGGGAGCGGUGGACAGCCCUGUUAUUGACACUUUGAGAACAGAAAGGACGAGAUCAAAACCAUUCACAGCAGGAACGAUGGCUGUGGGACUAACACGUGCCUCUUGAAUAAGUGUAACGUUGACCUCCGGUCAGAUUGAAAGCAGAACAAUAUUGCAGUCUCUGGCCAUCAACCGAAUGGAUUUUCUUUGCUAAAAGAGUGAUUACGCCAAAAAUAAAACAAGUUCAACGACGCAGGAUGGAUGUGCCUGAACACCUUAAGCCCACUCUCGAUUUUCAAUAAUUGUACUCAUUCUUACAUAGGUAGGUUUUGUGGGAAGGUCUCUUAAAAUAAUAAUAUAUAUUUAAGGGAAUUAGCAAGAAUUUAUUCAUUUAAACGAUUCCGUAGGGUCUCAGGAGAUAAGGUAGCAUUUGUGCAGAGAAAAACACGACUUAAUGUCUGACAGGUUUAGUAUUUCCAACUAAAAACGAACAAUGCUGGAGAUCACAGCGUGUCAGGCAGCAUUCAUGGAGAGAAAUCAAGCAACGUUUGGAAUCUGGAUUUCCAGCAUUUGCUGUAUUCUUUUCACACUAUAGCAUCUGUAUUGCAGAGGAGUGGUAAUCUCCAAUCCCUCUACUUCCCAAACUUUGAAAAUCUAGUUAAUUCAUAAAGCAAGAUUUGCAUUUACAUAUUGUUAAAAUCACCGUAAAAACUAACAACUUUUAAAAAGCAGUAAAUAUUUCAAUUGGCUGACACAGGGGAGUCACACAACAUUUCAGGUUUUAAGACUCUUAAACUAAUACACUAAACUUCAGAAAAGGUAUUCCCCAUUAACCUCUGAACACAGCCAACAAUCUUGUGUCAUGUCAAUACAGUACAUUGUACUCUCAGCUUAAAGUUACCCUUGUGUUUAAAUUCUGAAGCUCCUUCUGGCUUUAAUUGGAUAUCUGCAGCUGUCCACCCAGGGUAAAUCUCAUAUGUUAUUUUAAACAAAGUUUCUGAACCAAAUCUUUUGAGCAUAAUCAAAUGGUCUUCCAGCAGUAAGGUACCAAGUCCUGACUGCUUGGUCUUUUAUCUACAUAAGCUUUAUUUCUUUGAACAGAGAAUCUGUCCUCAUCAGCUUCUGUCCUCUGCUUGGUGGUUAACCCACAAAUUGUCCUUACUUCAUAUCUGGCAUGUAACACCUGUUUCCAGUCUUCUUCCCCUAAACUCUGACUAAUAUUUAGAGUGUGAGUUUGAGCAUGACAAGACCUGCUUCCACAUCCUUUGUCUACUGUCAAUGAGUUUUGUUUUGAGUUUCUGUCCCUACAAAUGUAGGUCACAUGGUUUUUCUCUGGUACACUUAAAUUGGGGAUGGGUUUGCCUUUGGGCUUAUUUCAUCAGAGGUUGUAGCUUCCUCGCCAAACUGGUCCCUUUUAUCUUGAAUUGAAAGAGACUAUUUAGAACCUAGCCAUCUAAUGAGUAUAGGAAUUGAUGGACAGGACAGAUGAAUGUGUGGAGGAAGAGUUGGAGCAGAAGGGAGGGCCUUAGGUUUCUGGUUCACUGGGGUUUGUUUCUGGAGAAGGUGGGACCUGCAUGAGUUCGACAGCUUGGACCUGAACUGGAAUGGGACCCCAAAUCCUUGCUGGGAAAUUAGCUAAUGCAGUUGGUGGAAGUUCAAACUCAAUUGACAGGGAGAUAGGAUACAAGAUGGAGACACAAUAGUGGGUGACGUACAGACAAGUAUAGUAUAAAAGCUAAGACAGUCUAGAAGUAGUGUGAAUAUAGUCAAUUUAGGGCUCAAGGGUGCAUAGUAAGGCUGGAAUGGUAUUUAUUUUAAUUCAAGGAGUCUCGCAAAUAAAGCAGAUGGUUUGAGGAUGUUGACUAAUACAUGGGGAUGUGAUAUCCUGCUGUCAUGGAAAUAUGGUUGAGAGGGGAACAGGACUAACAACUCACUAUUCUGGGGAAUAGAAUCUUUUGGCAAAAUACAGGGGGCUGUAAAAGAGGAGGUGGUGUCGCAAUAUUGAGCAAGGGUUUUUACUGCAGUAAGGAGGGAUAAUACCUUAAUGAGGCCAUAUGGGUAGAAUUUUAUAAAAUACAAGGGAGCAAUUACUUUAUUAGGGGUGUAUGUUAGACCCCCAAACAGUCAAGGAGAGAUAGAAACACAGAUAUGUCAGCAAAUCCCAGGGCAGUGUAAAAAUAAUAGGGUAAUAAUAGGGGACUUCAGCUUUCCUGAUAUUAACUGGGAUAGGCAAAAUAUGAAAGGCUCAGAGGAAGCAGAUUUCUUAAGAAGUGUGCAGGAAAGCUUUUUUGACCAGCACGUGGAAAGGCCUGCAAGAAAGAGACAGCAGUCCUGGACCUAAUUUCAGGGAAUGAAGCCAGGCCUGCAAUGAUGGGGGAGCAUUUCAGUGAUGAUGACCAAUAAUCAGUUUAAGGUUAAAAAACAAACCUCGGAAUGGAGAUGUAUGAGAAUUUAGGACUAGUGGGAGAGGGCACUUAUGGAUCAGUAAUGAAAUGUAGGCACAGAGAGACAGGACAAAUAGUUGCAAUCAAAAGAUUUCAAGAACGAGAAGAUGACCGACUGGUAAAGAAAAUUGCUGUAAGAGAAAUACGAUUUCUGAAGCAAUUUAGGCAUGAAAAUCUGGUAAACCUUAUCGAAGUGUUCAAGCAAAAGAAACGUUUAUUCUUAGUGUUUGAGUUUGUGGAUCACACUGUUCUGGAUGAUUUGGAACGGUUUCCAAAUGGACUGGAGAGUAAAAAGCUCAGAAAGUGUCUUAUUCAGGUAUUAAGAGCCACGGAGUAUCUUCACAAGAACAACAUAAUUCAUCGCGAUAUCAAACCUGAGAAUGUCCUGAUCUCAGGGUCUGGUGUUGUUAAACUAUGUGAUUUUGGAUUUGCCCGUUCAUUGGCUGCACCAGGAGAGCCUUACACAGAAUAUGUCGCCACUCGCUGGUACAGAGCUCCAGAGUUAGUAGUCGGUGACACCAAAUAUGGCAAGUAG